UCCCUAAGCUUGAUGGCCAAACUUAAAGGGCCUGUAAACCCAAGAAUACAUGUUUUUCUUAUUCCAUGUAAAAAGUGUCAUAGAAAACGAAUCUGCAAUUGGUUUUGCCCAAUUCGACUUAUUUAAGGAGAAAUCGGCAUUUUAUACUGAAAUUUCACUUCCGGUGAAAACAAUAGAGAGAGGUCGUGACGUAAGCGGUGGAACUAAAAUAUUGCGCAACACGGACUUCACAGUGACAUUGGUAUGGCAGCUCGUUCAAGUAGCUGUAGUUCGGACGAUGUUUUAUCAGAGGGAAGCGACUCGAAUGCCUUAAACUUAUAUGACAGCGAUGGGGAUAACUCAGAACCUUUAGGAGAGUCUGGGCCACGUCCUUAUCAAUAUGAGCUGCGUAGAGUUCACCGGAAUGAUCCGCACGAAGACAACACAGAACCGGUUGAUAGCGAUGCCGAUCGUCUCGUAAACACAGACUGGGUUUCUCAAAGAAAGCAGCAAGCGGGGCUGGCAAAGAUUCUCUACGAAGAUUUCUUUAGACAGAUUUUUGUCUCUCCCACACUCGCCGUAGAUGUUCAGGGAAUAUUUAACCAACUAAAUUCCAGAUCGCAUUGUAUACCGACAUCAACGAACUCUUUCUUAAUACUUGUUUCGGUUUCCGGCAAAGGUUCAAACAGGUCAAUGCCUUUUUUGGGCUCAUCACUGGCUCCCGAACAACUGGUUUCCCCAUAAUAUUUUAACAGCUGAGAAAGGUGUUUUAAGAGAACCUAAAAUCUGGAGGUUUCCGCGUAAAUCAGUUCGGUACUCACCCUGUUAACUUCCAACUUUUGAAGACCUCUACUUCUCCUCGGUCGUUUCUCAGUACUGUCAGUCACCCCUGGAUCUUCGCUGUCUGCUGAAUGCAAAGGUCGCUUUUUUACCUCCGAAGAAUUUUUUUCUGGUAGGGCCUGAAUCGUCAGCGCAGCAAUAGGAAGAAGUAGCUUUUGCUAGCUUUUAAAGACCCAUUUCGACCAUAUAGCUUUUCUCAUAGCAAUCGGGAGACAAAUGACUGCUACAGACAACAGAAUGUUCGGACGGCUCGUCAAAAUCGGCUCUUUUAACUUGAACAAAUUGUCAUUGUCGCUUCAUAUUUGCUUCUUUUGGAAAUUUAUGCAUUGUAUGCCCGGUUUUGUUUGAAUUACUACAAAACUGGACUACACAAUGCUUUACCAUUACAAAACAUUUUAAUAUAAUCAACCCAAUUAUAAGUAAAAAAAUCAUGACUAGACCGGCAAACAGGGGCUGCGAAGGAGACUUGCACAUAUCUCACACGAUCGUAAAAGAAAGCUUUUGACCUCAGUACAGGAAGGUUCCACCCGUGACGUCACAAGAAAGAUGGCGCAAUUCAAGAUGGCGAAUGUUUCGAAUUUGCAAGGGCUUUUUCAAGGUGAAAAUGGACUUUUGAGAAAAAACGAAUUGCACAUUUUAAGUACUUGAUAUAUUUUUUAAACAGCUAUGUGAAAAGAAAAUGUACGAUUGUUGGGUUUACCGGCCCUUUAAGGAAGCUGCUCUGUAACAUUAACGUCAUUCUACGACAUUCGCGUGUCCUGUUUCCCGCCAGUCAAGUGCUGACUGUAGCUGUUCCAUACACAUCACGCGAUGUACAGAUACCUUAAAUAUUCCGCCUAAUGACAAAAACUACCGCCCGUCAAUAAAAACUGAAAUCAUGACAUAAUUCGGACCAUAAACAUUCCUUGUUUCGUCGCCAGGCGAGAAUCAGUAAAGUCAUG